AUGUCGCUCACAACCGCCUGCUGCAACCUGCCGCCCGUCACCUCCAGCUACACAAAGCAGGGUCAGGAGAUCACCAUCCCAUCCAAUAAUGUCCCGACGCCCACGACGCCCUUCCACGCUUACGUCGCCCCACUCUCCGUCCCUACACCCCAUUCCGCCGUCAUCUUCAUCUACGACAUCUUCGGUUUCCACCCCAAUGCCUUCCAAGCCGCUGACCGCAUUGCUAACCUCACCAAGGAGACGCUCGUGAUCGUCCCCGACUACUUCCUCGGCAAGAGCAUGCCCGAGGAACUUCUCGGCGAUAUGUCUAAGCUUGUCGCCUGGAUUGGGGAGAAUGGGGACUACAAGAAGAUCAUCCGCGCACGCAUCGUGGACACCGUCAAGUACUUGAAGGAGCAAAAGUCGGUGAAGAAGGUUGCCUUUGUUGGAUUCUGCUGGGGAGCAAAGAUGGCUAUCCUUGCAGCCAGGGAUGAGGAGGUCAACUCCCUCGUGGAAGUUAAGGGUGUUGCGCAAUGCCACCCUUCUUUCCCUGCUGAGGACGAUUACAAGGGAGCGCACUUCCCUGUGGCCAUCUUGCCGUCCAAGGAUGAGACCGACCAGCUGGAAUCAUGGUACAACACCCACCUCAAGGCCUCGCAACCAAAAUCCCUCCACCGUCGCUUCAACGACCAAAGCCACGGAUUCUGCGCAGCCCGUGGAGAUUGGUCGGACCCCAAGGUCGCUGAGGCGGCUAGCGAAGCCUUUAAGAUUGUCGCCACUUUCUUCAACGAGAUUGACUUGUAA